CAACCUUGUGCAACUAAUCACAAUUAAGGUUGAAUAAACGCCUCAAAAUUGUUGAAAAGACUGCUAAGCAUCAUGUUGUUCUGAAAUUCGUCCAUGCUCCUGAAUUUAUUCUUUAAUCUUCUGAAAGACUAGUUAUCCUGUCAGUCGUCUUCCUCAUUUGUAUGUUUAAGUAACGCCGGGUAGUCCGCUAUUCAUACAGUAGUUAGUCAAUCGAUUCUUCUGGAACUCAUUAAGCGAAUCUAGAAUGGAACGUACAGUUUGAUUUGACUAUACCACUUAUACGCCUAAUUGUCGGAGUUAAACUUCGACAAUAUCCUUAUUGGACUUAAUAUGAAUGAAGUAUGCACAUUUGAUUUUUUUGUGGUUGAUUAAAUCUUAAAAACACGUGCAAGUGUGGUUAUUAACUCAAAAAUUCAUGAGUGUACAAUAAUGCUGAACACUGCUUUGCAACGCACAUAAUCUGUUAAAAUGGGAAAGUGCUUUGUACACUUUGGAACCGAUAUGUCUAGGCCCAUCUCCGUUGUAAUAGUGGAGGGUCACAAUGAAGUAAGUUAUUAUAAAACAUAUUCAAGGCUAUGAACUAUAUAUAUCGUGCUAUCGGGAGCAAAACAAUUCCUUUCUCAGGUCUGAAGCUGUUGCAUUUCGAUUCUCAUCCUGAUUUGGGAAUUCCUGAUGUUGACUGUUCAGAAAUCUUGAGAGAUCCUCAACAACUUAUGAAUAAGCAUAGAAAACUGGAUAACACCAAUGAUCUAUGCUGGUCAUAUAGAUCAUGUUAUUUGGAUGCAUCCAACAUGGUCGAGACAACUUUUAAACAGAAAACCUACGUGCUAUUCUAUCGGUGAAGAUUUGUGUACAAAACGACUUGUAGUUGGCAUUCCUGAGUCAUAUUUUUACAACGAUGGUGUAUUCUGUAUGGAAGAGGAUAUUAGCUCUCCAGUGAAGUUUGGUCUAACAGUUGCCCCAAUUCAUGAAACAAAUACCCUGUGUCGUGUGUGCACGGAUAUUAUCUGUGUGCUACUAAACCAGUCUUUCAUUUUGGAUAUAGAUUUAGAUACUUUUUCUACACAAAAUCCAUUUUCUACGAAGUUCACAGAAGAACAAUUUGAAAUUAUUGAUCGGUUGUAUACUCCUCCACCUCCCUUAACACUAUGUUUGUCUCCGAAAGAUUUGGAAGAUCCAGCUGUGAUAUUAGCUCAUGGAAUGAGUUGUGCUCAUGUUUUGAAUGCUGCUCGUAAGCGUCAACUAGCUCGUCUUUCUCAAUGGAUUUCUUGUUGGGAGCGCGGGGAAAUGCCGUCGUCUGAAAAUUUUCUUUUAUUCCCCUGUGAACUUGUGGAUUUCGCUCGACUGAUCCUUUCACUUACAGACCAGAAUUUCGGUCCAAUGGUAUUACAAGCAGUCAAAAAAACCUUAGACUCUGCAAAAAAACAACUUGCGCUUAAUAAAAAUCCACCAUUGAUUUCACUUGCUUCAGAUGAUAAAGCUAUUCAAGAUGCUUUAAGUAAACUAACUAAUGAAAUGAAUACAAAUCCAACUUCCAGUUCACCUGAAGAUCAGAACCUUUCUGAAGGCAAAAAUUCUUCAAUUGUAUCAGAUUAUACCAGUUUUAUACCAAUGAAACGUCGCUCCAGUAGUCCAUGUGAUGCACAUACAGAUUCAAAGUCAAGAUUACGCCUGUCUCAAUCACCUGUAAUGACAAAUUGUGAUGAAGAUCCUUCAGAAACUCAAAACCAAUGUCAAUCGACGAAUUACCCUGUAUAUUCAAUGGAAGUCGACGGUGAUUCUUGUAAUCAAAUUGAUCUAAACGAAAAGCGUAGUUUAAAAGUAGUCCUUACUAAGCUGGACACAAGUUCAACUGCAUAUACGAUAAGUGAUAGCGAUGAUAAUUCAAAUGUACAGUUAGAUGAUCCAUCUAUAUCAAAUGAACAGAAUGAUCAAAGUUUAAGUUUUAUGCAUUAUAUGUGGUCUGGGUGUGCAGAUCAAAAAAAUAAUCCAUUACCACAUUAUGUGACUAAUUCUAAGGAACAGAAUGAACUACGUGAACAAAUGGAAGGUUUGUUAAAUCGUCUACACAAUCCUUGCAUGAUUACAAUUGCCAGGUCGGCGUAUGACGGUUAUACGCCUUCUCAUCAAGUGUCUGACAUACAACUUGGUUUGUUACAAAUGCUUGAUCGUGUUUAUGGACGUAAUUUACUUUCAGUUACUUUGGAUUAUGAAAACUCAGAGAAUGAUGUGGAUAAACUGAAAGCAAUGGGAUUUCACAUUACAACACCAGAAGAAUUUCAUAUGGGUGGUCGUCGUAUAUCACCAAUUUCUUGCUUAGCAAGAUCUGAAGGUAAAAGUGUAGGCUACCGUACAGAGCCUGGGAGCAAGGAGAUUGUUUGAUAUGGAACAUUUGAAUAUUUCUUGAAAUAAUUUUGUGAAACUGUGAAGAACAAUUAUGUCGUGUUUUAUUUUAAAUAAAGUCUUUGACAUCUGAAAUAAGUGCAU